AUGUCGCUCAGCAUCACUUCAUCCGUCUGCCUCUCUUCCGGCCAUAAGAUGCCCCUACUUGGCCUCGGCGUCUUCCAGGCAGAGAACUGCGUGACCGCUUGUGUCGCUGCACUGAAGCUCGGCUACAGACACAUCGACUCCGCGCGGUACUAUGCGAACGAAGCGGAGGUCGGCAACGCCAUCCGGGAGAGCGGUGUCCCGCGCGAGGAGAUCUUCAUUACGACGAAGGUCAUGUCCGAUGAACAUGGCUAUGCCAACACGCUGAAGGCAGUCGACAACUCACUCAAGCGGUUCAGCUUCGAUUGUCUCGAUCUCUUCCUAAUUCACAGCCCGCUUUCUGGAACAGAAAAACGUCUUGAAACGUGGCGCGCGCUCUUGGAUGCAAAGAAGGCGGGAAAGCUGAGGACGGUCGGCGUCUCGAAUUAUAAUGUGCAGCACCUCGAGGAGAUCCGCGAAGUGGGCCUCGAAACGCCCGCUGUCAACCAGAUCGAGCUUCACCCCUUCUGCCAGCAGAAGCCGAUCGUGGACUACUGCAACGCGCACAACAUUUUCGUGCAGGCAUACUGCCCUCUCAUCCGCGGUAAGAACUUCGACAACCCGGUGCUUAUUGAGGUCUCCAAGAAGUACAACAAGGAUAUCGCGCAAAUCCUUGUCCGGUGGUCUCUCCAGCGCGGAUUCAGCCCACUCCCCAAGUCUUCACAGCCCACACGUGUCCAGUCGAACGCCGAACUCUAUGACUUCGAGAUCUCACCCGAAGACAUGGCAAAGCUCGACGCGCUCGACCGGGGAAAGGCAGGCGCAAUCAGCUGGAACCCGGUCGACGGGCCGUGA